AACGGGGAAAGGGGAGUGGAGAAGGAGAGCGAGAGGAGAAAGAAAGGUGAGCCAGCCAAUCGCGGGCCGCCUCUUUGGCUGCCUCCUUUGCCUCCCUCCGCCAGUUGGUCUCGCGCCGCUCAGUUGCCGGCUGCUCCCGCUCGCGUGACGACGGCGACGACGCUGCUGCCGCCGCUCCUCCUCGCCCUGCUACCGAGGCUCCCCAGCCGCCUGCGCUCGCCGACCGCCACCGCCACCGCCGCCUCCAUGGCCAACUACAUCCACGUGCCGCCGGGCUCGCCCGAGGUGCCCAAGCUGGACGUUGUCGUGAGCGAGAGGGACCCCGCUUCGGGGGCGGGAGGCGGUGGCGGAGAAGGAGGAGGAGGCGGGCCCGGCUACCGCCGCGGGGCCCUCCGUCUCCUCAGCCAACUGAGGCCCGCUUGGAAGCCCGAGGAGGUGACGCUGAAGGUAUUUACAGAUGGAAUCACCAAUAAGCUUAUUGGCUGUUAUGUGGGUGAGGAAAUGGAUGAUGUUGUCCUUGUUAGAAUUUAUGGAAAUAAAACAGAGCUGUUAGUUGAUCGAGAGGAAGAAGUGAAGAGCUUCCGUGUGUUGCAGGCCCAUGGCUGUGCUCCACAACUUUACUGUACUUUCCGCAAUGGCCUGUGCUAUGAGUUUAUGGAAGGCGAAGCACUGGAUCCUGAACAUGUUUGCAACCCAGAGAUUUUUCGGCUCAUAGCCAGACAGCUUGCUAAAAUACAUGCUAUUCAUGCUCACAAUGGAUGGAUCCCCAAGUCUAACUUGUGGUUGAAGAUGGGAAAAUACUACUCUCUCAUUCCAACAGAAUUUGCUGAUGAGGAGUUGCACAAAAGGUUUAUAGCUGAUGUACCAAGUCCUCAAAUCCUUCAAGAGGAAAUGGCAUGGAUGAAAGAGAGACUGUCCAACCUGGGUUCCCCAGUGGUACUUUGUCACAAUGAUCUGUUGUGUAAAAAUAUAAUCUACAAUGGAAAACAAGGUGACGUUAAGUUCAUUGACUAUGAGUACUGUGGAUACAAUUACCUGGCUUAUGACAUUGGGAACCACUUCAAUGAAUUUGCAGGUGUGAGUGAGGUGGACUAUAGCCUCUAUCCAAGCCGAAAACUGCAAGGGCAGUGGCUGAGAUCUUACCUGGAAGCCUACAAGGAGUAUAAAGGAUUUGGGACAGAUGUGACUGAGAAAGAGGUUGAGUUGCUUUACGUCCAAGUCAACCAGUUUGCUCUGGCCUCUCACUUCUUCUGGGGAUUGUGGGCCCUGAUUCAAGCCAAAUACUCCACCAUCGACUUUGAUUUUCUUGGGUAUGCAAUUGUUCGCUUCAAUCAGUACUUCAAAAUGAAAAAUGAAGUCAUGACAUUAAAACUUCCUGAGUAACAACUGAGAGCUUCAGUUAUCUACAUCUGGAUCAGAUUCCUUAAAGUUUUUUUAUCCGAGUACAGAUAAUGGAAAAAGCUAAACAUUUGUUAGUUUUGUAUUGUUCCUAUGGUGGUUUUUUGCUUUUCAUUGCCUCUAAACAACAAUCUCUUGAUGUUAAACCUAAAAUGAGGAUCUUACUGCUGUUGUAGAAGGAAUAGAAGCAUUAGAUUUAUAAAACAUAGGGAGAGCAAAUUUAAUCUUUUCUCUUGUAAUUUUUAACGUGAAAUGUGAAUUAUUUAUUAUGAAUUUAACAUUCCAUUGCUGCUUUUCACCAGUUUUCUUCAAGGGAGGGGGUGUAGGCUCUAAUACUGUGAAGGACUUCGCACAUCUUAUGUUACAUUAACUUACGAGCAACUUCAGUGCUCUUGCAGACUGUGUACAAAACCUGUACAUGAACAGAAGCAGUUUGCAUUAAAGUGCAAUUCAUUGGUGCUGACUUGGGUUGCUAGGAGAGGAUGGGAGGUAAUUCCCAUGCUGAUAUUUCUCCAAGCUCUACCUCAGUACUGUGAAAAAAGACUGGACAUCCUUCUUAUGUAACAUACAGAUGAUUUUCUUUUUUACAGAGGUCUGCUCGCUCAUGAAGAAAAACAUGCCACCACAUAGUUACUGUAGAUGCUUUCAUACUGUUGAAGGCAGCUUCUACCUUCAAAUGGAAGCUUUAAAUGACCACUGUUCCAGAGUGUCAUUGUCAUUUCCCUCCCUUUAAAAAUGAUUUAUUCCCCCCCCCCCCAAAAAAAAACUCUUUGAAUGCUUUGGCAUGUAGUAUAGGGAAUAUACAUGUUCAUAAGAGAUGCAAAAAGGCACUAACAGGACAAGCUGCCGAGCAGUCCUGUAGUAUUUGGGAGCAAAAUUCUGCCAUGUUUCGUUUAUAAUCUGUUCCUACCUUGCUUCCUUUUUGGUCAUUAGAUCUGUUUUUUGGUAGGUUGCCUUCUUUUCUUUGCUAGAUGGUGGCAAGCUCGUGGCCAGCACAAAGCCGCAGAGUUACAAGAUCAUUCUUGAAAUAGAUGGCAUUUGAAGAGUGAGGAUUUGAUCACGAUCACAUUUCUUUUCUUUCAAAAGCUAUCCCACCCAAGAAUGGUUUGAAUUUCAUAAAUGUGAAAUGAAAAACAAAUGUUUACUUAGCUAAUGCGCUGUGUGUGUGUGUGUGUGUGUGUGUGUGUGUGUGUGUGUGUUCGAAGGUAGGGUAAAAGGCUUUAAACUUUGAAAGUCACUGCAUUGAGUUGAAUUGCCAUACAAUCAACUCUGUUAGUCUGAAACACUUCACUUUGGCCACUUAAGUGCCCAUUUGUACAAAGUCUGUGUUCAUACGCAGUAUAUGUAAACCCAAAUAAACCUUAAGUAGAAAUAUUACGGGGAGCCUGUUGCACAGACUCAGCAAGGAUAUUUAUUCAGAAUUAUUUUAUAGUACUCUGUAAAUUAAACAUUGGCUAAAAUAAGCCUGGCUUGUUUAAUGAUACAUACAGCAAUUAACAAGGAUGAAACGUUCACCCCAAAGAUCACUGAAUGGUUUUUCUGUUUCUUUCUGUAAAUAAUCUCAUGGUUUUACACAUUUUGAGGUGUCUAAUAAUCUCGUUCCUAAAGCCACAAUCUUCAAAUGCCCUGCUGGGGGGUAAUUCCAUUGGACAGUGGAAUUAAUCACUAGGCAGUAGGCUGCAUUCAAAUCUAGUCACUAUUAAAACUUUUAAUACAAAUGGAUUAUGGUAUCUAUACUUUCUAAUAAGUUUUUUAAAGCACUUAUUGAUAUACUUUCUUAAAUUGGGCAGCUUCUCUUGAUGUUCAAUGUUGACCUAACUAGUUAGAGGAAAGUGUAAUUUAUCAGGUCAAGGAUGUUGCUGGAGCUCUAGAAAAAAUCAGCACAGAGUAAAUCUCUUGCAAAAACUGAAUUUCUUUACCAAGGUCUGGUCCUCCUUGCUUUUUAGUAGUCAUUAAUGGCAUCUUAUUCUAAAAUCAUUAGUCUUGGGUACUGGAUGAAUAGAUGGAAUUAAGUUACCGGUAUUAUUUUUGAAAACCUUGCCGUUUUUCAACGGAAGUGUACAAGGCUUUUAAAGCAAAAAUUGCCAUACAUUGUUGAAUGCAGGAACUAGUUCUUCCCACUCACAGAUUUUAAGGAAUACUUGUUAUUGGCUACUUUUGAAAUGGCUAGACAGAUCACAGAGUGUUCUCUCAGAGGGCUUGUUGCAUCUGCUGGAAGACAGUUGAGCUCUUCGUUUUCCUGGAUAGGAAAGAAUGACCCAGGCUGCCUCCAUUCUUGACAAAUACUGAGUUCCGUAGAAGAGAUAAGUGGCUGGCUGUAUUUCCAACUUGUGUUACUAUAUUUGCCAGACCUCACCAUGUGACUGAGGCAGGAGCAAAGAAUUAUGGGAGGCAGGCUGAAUCUCAGUUUUUUCCUCCUGCCUUGAGGGAGCAAUUCACCCCCCCCAGGUCUCCCUGUUUCUUCAGUUUGCAUUAAACUUAUUUUUAGACCUUGGUGUCCACUCUUGCAAUGUGCAAUCCCACAGGUGCGCAUCAUCCAACUGUGUGGAUUUCUUCUUUGAUACUCAAUAUUUUGGCUGACGAAUUUUUUCUAUGUCCCUCUGUAGUUGCUGCUGUACAAGGCAGACAGAAAGCAGUAUUGUGAAUCAUCCUAUAAUCAGCAUUUCCAGUAGUAGCAAAUUAAAGUAUCAUCAGGUGGCAAUAUAUAUUUCCCAGAUGUUAAAGGCAAGCACAUCCCUAGUGAAUAAAAAUGCUUCUCUGGUGAUUGCUUCCCCCCAAAAUCUUUGUACAUCUCCAAGGUAGCUGCUGAUCACAAGGAUGUCAAAUCAUAAGGAGGAGGCGCUAACUACAUUCCCAUUAUUUUCAUUUUUGCUGUUGUCAGGUGAUAUGAAGCUAGUCUGUGCCAUUGCAUUUGGCAUGUUCCAAGUUGAACAGGGAAAUGGAACACCCACUAAUUUAACUCCAUAAAAGCAUCGAUAAAAUAACAAGUAGGGAGAGCCUAUUCUUUGUGAAACGCUACUUUAAGAAGAAGAAAAAAGGUCUACUUGGUAUGGCAUCUUCUGCAUCAUGGAUUUAGACUAUUUAAAUAAUUCUGACACAGGCCUUGUACAAAUGUAAUGUUGCCAUGGAGAGAAAAUUGGUUCUUAUUUUCUAAACUAGCUGUUUUGCCUCUUUAACAUGACACUGUCUUGUCCUGGUCUAAUCUCAAUUAGAAGGGUGGCGGUCAAUUAGAACUGCCCCCUCCCCCCCCACCCCAAACUUGUUCACAUUUAUCAAGUAUUUGAACUUUUAUUUUUCCAGAGCUCUAGAAACAACCUCAUGUAAUUCUGGCUGUGACUUGCCAAAAUCUAUUCUGUUGCCUUCACCGUUAAGCUAUUGAUUCUGAAUGCCGUCACCGACGACACUAAUAAAAUACUGAAAACGUGAAGAGGGUUCUUAGAAGUGGCAUUCAGCCCUGUGUAACUAACAUCAACUGACAGACCGUAGUGGCCUAGUAGCUUUUGUAAAGCAGAAUUGCGUGAUUUUUUUCUUCUACUUCACAGUUUGGCAAUCAGACCAGGUUAAUCAUUAUGCCUGAUUGAUCCAAACCUCAAAGCAUCUUAGGUAAUGAUAGUGAUUUAUUAUUAUUUUUUGCAUUGUUUUGAACUCUGGCCUGGGGUUCUCUUGGUGAAUUUUGCAGAUGGCUUCGCGAACUGAUUCACAGUAACCGGAUCUGACUGUGUAUAUACAAUAGUGUAAAUAACCAUUUGUAAAUUAGUGUGAAUUGUAUGGUACCCGCAUUUAUGAACUCAUGUAUUUCAUUGUACUCUCCUUUUGUAGAACUUUUGAUGUAUGUAAAGAGAAAUCUGAAAAGUGCUGACCUUAUUGUUAAAUUGACCACAUUCAAAGGGGAAAAUGACAUUUGGGAACAAAAUAAUAGUACCGGGAGGUAACCACAUUAGCUUUCAUAAUGCAUCUUUCUCAUUGUGCCCGUGGUGUCUGCUUUCGUGUUCACACAUUAACUUUGGAGGAAGUAAUCAUUCUGAAAAUGAGUUGGUACAAUAGUUGGCUUUAACUCACAAUGCCUACUGUUCCACUGGGAAGCAGAUGGGCCAGUUGGAGGGGGAAGAUGCUUAUGUGAGGUGAAUUGUGAAGCUCCAUUCCAAGGCCAACUUAAUUCCUAAAAACGUUAUGGUUUCUCAGCACAUGGGUUGUUGGCUUUGAAGAAAAAGCUUGUGCAAGUUGGUUUCAGGACAGAGGCCCUGUCAUGUAAAUGGCAGAAACACCAGGCGGGUCUAAUGCAAUAGAAAAAUGAAACCCUAUAUAUUAUUGUGUUCUGACAGGGCGAUGUUGCAGGUACUAGAAGCAAAUGAGAUGAAAAUUUUCAUUAAUUUGCUUAGAAGAACUCCAGUUUGCAUCUAGGCCUGCUUAGUUGUUCAUAACGUUUUUUUUUACAAACUGGCACACAUUGAUGUUCUGGGGUUCAAAAAAGAAAAAAAGCCUCAUACAUAUGGAAGGAGAAAUGGUGGCAUCCUUGAAGAUUGUUGACAUUGCAUCUGUUCUGGACUAGCUUUUUUUGCUGCGGCAAAAUCUGUAAAUAAUUGAUCCCAUUUCUUUGGUAAAACCUUCAUCCCUGAGAACUUGUGUCCUAUUCAGCUGAGCCCAUCUCAAAUAUUUAUUUGACAAUAUUUGAUUCCACCCCACACACCCCAGGCUUGGCCUGAGCAGUUUUAUCUGCUAGUCCCAAGUCCUCUACAUAGUUCACAACUGUCCGUAAUAGAAUGGCAAGCAGUUUUAUUCCUGUUGUAGUUUCAGGCACCUCACAGUUUGGUGCUUUGAACUUGGCACUGUGAAUUAAGGGCAUAAUUGCUGCGUUCAUAUUCAGCCUGGAUUUUUUUUUAUAAUCGCAGUCCUAGAAUAACGAAGAGACUCAAAAGUGAUACAGCCAGAUGGUGCAUCACCAAGCCAAUAUCUUUUUAGGAUGUAGACCUCUGGAAUGAGGAAAGUGCAUGUGAUAACAUCUUGCCAGUGUCCAUGACAGGAAAUCUUGAUAGGGCAUUUUGUUUUUCCAACGUGGUUCUACAAGCUUAAUAUAUGCUAGCUUGGUGACAGUUUACCAAAAUAUCUGUUACCAACAUUGAUUAAGCAAAUAGCAUUAUUCACUGAUAAUCACAUUGUACUAUCUUCUGAUUUCAGUGACUUGUUCCCCUGCUCGCCCCCC